GAGGGGACACGAGUAUAUAACUACAUUUGAGUGGGAGCAUACACUCACUCUUACUGUUGUUUAUUAAGUCUCAACUACUACUCCGAGCGAAACACAGUCUCUCAGAGAAGAGAGAGAAAGAGAGAGAGAGGGAAAGUGGUUUUCAAUAGCAUAUUUCCUCCAUUAAUGCUUCUCAGCAACAAAGCGUGAAAUCCUCUUUGAUCAUUUUCCUAAACAAUCCCCAGCACUACCUACUGCUAUUAAGGUUCAGACGAAGUUGUUCAGAUUCGAUAAACAGAGCCUAGCUUAGCUGCUAACUAUAUAUAUAUAUAGUCUUCUGUCUAUAUUUAUACAUAUUUAUAUUCAAGUGGAAAGAGAGGUUGAAAUGGAGUUGAGUCAAGUAACGUUAGAGAUCUUCACAAAGCUGGAGCAGAAAUGGCUCUCUCACUAUGAAAACACUAAGAAGGUUCGGAUUCUUAGCAUUGACGGCGGCGGAACCACUGGCAUUGUCGCUGGUGCCGCCUUAGUUCACCUUGAGGAACAGAUCCGCCUCAAGACCGGUGAUCCUCAUGCUCAAAUAGCCGAUUUCUUUGACCUGGUUACUGGUACAGGCAUUGGAGCUAUUCUAGCAGCUAUGAUCACCGCCGACGACGGCGCAGGUCGUCCUCUGUUCACGGCGAGGGAAGCGGUCAAUGCAAUCGCUGAGAAGAACUCUGACCUGUAUAAGGUCAAGUUUACCGGAAUGUUUAGCCGGCGUCAGAGGUACACCGGCGCAAGCAUGGAUAAGGUGCUGAAGGAGUUGUUUAGGAGAGAGGACGGGAAAGAUUUAACACUGAAAGAAACGUGUAAGCCUCUCCUUGUGCCGUGCUUCGACCUGAAAAGCUCAGCGCCAUUCGUCUUCUCCCGAGCCGACGCGUCCGAGUCAGCAAGUUUCAACUUCGACCUGUGGAAGGUCUGCCGCGCCACAUCAGCGACGCCUAGCCACUUCAAGCCCUUCAGCUUAAGCUCCGUCGACGGGAAGACGUCGUGCUACGCCGUAGACGGCGGACUAGUAAUGAACAACCCAACGGCGGCGGCGGUGACGCAUGUUCUCCACAACAAACGAGAUUUCCCUUCGGUUAACGGCGUUGAGGAUCUGUUAGUUCUGUCGUUGGGUAACGGUCCGCUGAUCGGACGGAAACCAUUCCGCGACGGCGCCAACUCCGAUUGCUCCACGUCAUCGGUUGUUGACAUUGUGCUUGACGGGGUAUCGGAGACCAUUGACCAAAUGUUGGGGAACGCAUUCUGUUGGAAUCGUACGGACUACGUCAGAAUUCAGGCAAACGGGUUAGUGGGACCGAGAACGAAGGAUAACGAGGAGGUCGUGGUGGUGGAAGUCAUGAAGGAAAGAGGGGUUGAGUCGUUACCAUUUGGCGGGAAGCGGUUACUGACGGAAACUAACGGACAGAGAAUCCAGAGUUUUGUUGAACGUCUCGUCGCUUCCGGAAAGACCAGUCUCCCACCUAGUCCUUGCAAGGCAGCCAUCGUUAGUCCUCUUGCUAACGGCCGUUAAUUACUAAAAAAACGAAAAUUAUAUAUAAUUUUUUUUUUUAACUCUGUAAGACUGUAAUGUAACCCACCUCAGGUUCACUUUUUUUUAUAUAUAAAUGUCCUUUCCGAGUUA